GGUGUAAUAAGCAGUGUUUUUUCUGGGGUGAGGAGAGCAGGGAUGGCCGAGAGCGCGCUCCUUCUCCUCCAUCCAUCAAAGGUUGGCUAUCUCGCUCCUGAUGCGCAAAGGGUUAAAAAGAGACGCAGUUAGAAGCGAGUGGAGCUGAAGUCAUCUGGCAGAGCGCACAGCGAGAUGGAGGAGAGAGAUACAGUGAACACCUCCUAAAAACACUGAUCUACGCUUCGGGCUGCUGUUCUCGAGCUCUGCUGUUUUCAUGUAACCAAUCCGCUGUUCUUCAUUUCCUCCCCAGUGAAACGCGCUGAGCUUCAGGUGGCGACGAGGAGGAGGUGGGACAAGAGGAAUAAAGACGCGCAGCUCAGCGCCAGAGCCAUGGCUCCACAGAGGUUCGAGCUCGCUUCACGGGAGCGGGUUGUAGCGCAGGAUGAGUGGUCCCCCGCGCUCCAGCGAGUGUGAGAGCAGGAGGAACAUCACCUGACAGGCGACCCUCCCCUCGGGGGACACAAGCAGACACGCUCGCGCCUCUCAGGCUGGAAACUGGAGGGCAAAAAAACGGCUCAGAUCCUACAGCGCGCCUCCUUUUCCAGAACUCUCCUCUUCCCCACUUUCUCGUGGAAAGAGAUUUCACUUUCUCUGCGGCCAAACUUGGGGAAACUUUGGCCCCCGGAUUGAGCCUGGCGCUGUAGCGUCCAUGCCGGGAGCGCCGUGAGCGUCGUGCGCCCGGCUGCGGAGAUUGGAUAACUGCGCUCUCGCUGUGAUAUUAUUCAAAGUCCCGCAAAGUCUUUCGCAGUCCAGGGGCCACUGCAGCGAAGAUGCCAGUCCGGAGGGGCCAUGUGGCUCCGCAGAACACCUUCCUGGACACCAUCAUCAGGAAAUUUGACAGUCAAAGUCGCAAGUUUAUCAUAGCCAACGCCCGAGUGGAGAACUGCGCCAUCAUCUUCUGUAACGAUGGCUUCUGCCACAUGUGUGGCUACUCAAGGGCUGAGAUCAUGCAGAAGCCGUGCGCGUGCAACUUCCUGUAUGGACCCGACACCAAGCGACUGGCUAUCGCCCAGAUGGCGCAGGCCCUCCUGGGGUCGGAGGAGAGGAAGGUGGAGAUCAACCUUUACCGAAAAGACGGCCAGUGCAUCCUGUGCAUGGUGGAUGUGGUGCCGGUGAAGAACGAGGAUGGCGUGGUGAUCAUGUUCAUCCUCAACUUCGAGGUCAUGACAGACGAGUCUCUCCGAGACCACAAACAGGAGCUGAACCACCGCCUGCCCACCUGGCUCGUCACAGGUCGCCCACGAGGCUUCAAACUGCGUCUCCCCCUGCUGCGCUCCCUGUCCAACAGUAAAGCUUCUCUGGACGACGCAGAGGCCGGACACAUCCCCACAGCAACGCCGGUGUCGCUGCACCCAGAGGACCACCGUAGCCCCGAGUCCUUAGGUCUGGGGGAAUUUCUGCCCCUCCCCCCACUGCCACCAAAUCACCAGGAGAAGCUGAGUGGAAGCAGGUCAGCGCUACAAAGCUGGCCUGAAGACCGCCAGGAAGACCAACGCACCUUAUUGUGCUCCGAGCCUCCAGUAGCCGUUCCCCCACAUCAAACUCACGGAGCCCACCUGGUAGGUCCCCUCACCCAUUCCACACCCUGCGUAGCACCCCACCACCGGCUCAGCCUCAACCCCGAAGGCUCGGCCUCCAACUGCUCUCUGUCGCACAGCCGCUCGCGAGAAAGCUUUCACAGCAUGCGUCGCGCCUCCUCCGUAGACGAGAUCGAGGCCAUGAGGCCGGAAUGGGAUCGGAAGAACCGGAGGCCAAGCGUCCGGCCGGCCAGCAGCAGCACCGGUGCAGUAAACAGCAAGUUGAACAUACUGAACUCCACGUCAGACUCCGACCUCAUGCGGUACCGCACCAUUUCCAAAAUCCCUCAGAUCACGCUCAAUUUUGUGGAUUUCAAACCGGACCCACUCAUCGCUCUGCCCUCGGGGGAGAUGGACAUCAUAGCACCCUGCAAACUCAUCGACCGGACACACAACGUCACGGAGAAGGUCACACAGGUGCUGUCUCUGGGUGCAGAUGUGUUGCCGGAGUACAAGCUGCAGGCUCCUCGCAUCCACAAGUGGACGGUGUUGCACUACAGCCCCUUCAAGGCGGUGUGGGACUGGCUCAUCCUGCUGCUGGUCAUCUACACCGCCAUCCUGACUCCCUACUCAGCCGCAUUCCUCCUCAACGAUCACGACGAAGGCAUGCAUGGUUGCAUUUACUCCUGCUCUCCUCUCAAUGUGGUGGACCUCAUAGUGGACAUCAUGUUCAUUAUUGACAUCCUCAUCAACUUCAGGACAACAUACGUAAACUCUAAUGACGAAGUGGUGAGCCACCCGGUGCGUAUAGCCGUCCACUAUUUCAAAGGCUGGUUCCUCAUCGACAUGGUGGCUGCUAUUCCCUUUGACCUGCUCAUCUACCGCAACGGAGAGGAGACCACCACUCUGAUUGGUCUGCUGAAGACAGCUCGUCUGCUACGGUUGGUUCGUGUCGCCCGGAAACUGGAUCGCUACUCAGAGUACGGUGCGGCUGUGCUCUUUCUUCUCAUGUGCACCUUCGCCCUCAUCGCUCACUGGCUGGCCUGCAUCUGGUAUGCAAUCGGCAGCGUGGAGCGGAACGGUUCGAUCGGCUGGCUCCACACUCUGGGCGACCAGUUAGGGAAACACUUCAAUGGUUCCAUACCAGGUUCAGGACCUUCCAUCAAAGACAAGUAUGUGACAGCGCUGUACUUCACCUUCAGCAGUCUGACCAGCGUGGGAUUCGGAAACGUGUCCCCCAACACCAACUCUGAGAAGAUCUUCUCCAUCUGCGUCAUGCUCAUCGGAUCCCUCAUGUACGCCAGCAUCUUUGGGAACGUCUCAGCCAUCAUCCAGCGGCUGUACUCCGGGACGGCCCGCUACCACACCCAGAUGCUGAGAGUCAGGGAGUUCAUCCGCUUCCACCAGAUCCCCAACCCACUCAGGCAGCGGUUGGAGGAGUACUUCCAGCAUGCCUGGUCCUACACCAAUGGCAUUGACAUGAACGCUGUGCUGAAAGGUUUCCCUGAGUGUCUCCAGGCUGAUAUCUGCCUCCACCUUAACCGGACGUUGCUGCAGAACUGCAAGGCUUUUAAAGGCUCCACGAAGGGCUGCCUCAGAGCGCUGGCCAUGAAGUUCAAGACUACCCACGCGCCCCCGGGUGAUACGCUGGUCCACGCUGGCGACGUCCUGACCGCCCUCUACUUCAUAUCCAGAGGAUCCAUAGAGAUACUGAGGGGAGACGUGGUGGUCGCCAUCUUGGGGAAGAACGACAUCUUCGGCGAGCCCAUCAACCUGUAUCACCGACCCGGUAAAUCCAACGCUGAUGUGAGGGCUCUAACAUACUGCGACCUUCAUAAGAUUUUGAGAGAAGAUGUUCAGGAGGUGCUGGACAUGUAUCCUGAGUUUGGAGAUCACUUCUGGAACAACCUGGAAAUCACCUUCAACCUCAGAGACACCAACAUGAUCCCAGGUUCUCCCAGCAGUGACGACUCCAACUCCGGGGGGUUCAACAAGUUAAGGAGACGUAAACUAUCAUUCAGAAGACGCACAGAAAAAGAUGAUGCAGAUGCUGGAGAAAUAAAAAAGUCCCAUAAGUCUGUGAGACGAAGACAGCGGGAGACGGCCCACAACCAAAAACAAGAGGAGGCGUCUAAGAGACCAUGGGGGGCGCAUCGAAGCUCCGUGUCCUCACAUUCCAGUGGUGACGAGGGGGAGGAGUCAGUAGUGACUGGUCUCGCCCCUCCGUCUGCAAUGCAAGAGAAUCCACACAAGCAAGUCCCGCCCUUUACCGAGAACACCGAGGGUGAUGGAGACCCCAAGCCUGGGAACACCUGCAACGCCCUGUCAGGCGCAUUCUCAGGUGUGUCCAACAUCUUUAGUUUCUGGGGAGAGAGCCGGGGGAGUGGUCAGUACCAGGAGGUUCCCAGCUGCAGCCUUGCCUCCCCUCCGCCCCUCAACACACCACUGCACAGCUUGAGCCGCCAGCAACGCAACCAGCUGGACACACGCCUGGACCUGCUGCAGAAACAGCUCAACAGGUUAGAGAGUCGCAUGUCGACGGACAUCGGCGUGAUCAUGCAGCUGCUGCAGAGGCAGAUGGCACUGGUACCUCCAGCCUACAGCGCUGUUUCAUCACCACCUCAG